GAGAGAGACAGACAGACAGAGAGGGGGAGAGGGAGAGCACACUACAUCUGAGAGGAAAGGCAUUCCUUUCGACUGACCAUGAGGAUGAUAAACUCCACUAACUCCUCACAGGAUUCAUGGAGAUACGAGUGGGAAUAUUACUACGAUUAUUUAGACCCAAUACCAGUGGACGAGCGCAAACUGAAAUAUAACAAGUACUUGAUCGUGAUCAUAUUCUGGAUCAGUCUGGCUGCUUUUGUGGGAUUCCUGUUUGUCAUUUUGACUUUCAUGUCCCGCUCAGUCAGUCUACCCAAAGCUCACAGUUCUAAAAAGGCCAAGAAAUCGUGGAGGAACCCUAGAUCCAAUUCUGCUUGAUGGAGAAUACUUGAUCUGUUUUCUGCUUUAUCCCAACCCCUCUGAAAGACACACACACACACACACACACACAUACACACACACACAUAUACACAUACACAUUGGGAGCAGAAGGCAGCCAGUGCAGAACCCAAAGAGCAAUUUUAGGGGUUAAGUACCCCAAGGACACACUGGCAGGAUAUGUCAUUUGGAACAUCACUGCUGUGGUCUGAUGGAAGAUUUCUCAACUCUUCAGAACGAUUAUAAAACAGAUGUAACAUCGACUAUCUGCAAUGUAAUAGCCUGGUUAUAAAGUGGGAUUCAAAUACAAGACCACACCAAAACGGUUUUACAACAUUUAAUAAAAGAGAAGUGAAUGUUUUCAACAAUAAAUGAAAUGAAUGACUUUACAUAACACACAACUUCUUUUAGAAAAUUCAGAU